CUUCCAUUGUUUAGUUUGAGACUAAUACCCUCCAAAGAUCUUUCUAAUUUGGAUAAUAGUGGUUCUAAAGCUAAAUUAAACAAUAUAGGCAGUAUCGCGCUACCUUGGCGGGUACCUUUUUUUAGUGGAAAUUUUUCACUAUAGGAAUCAUUGAUAAACAUCCUUGCCUCCUGAUUAGUUGUGAGUGACAUAAUUGCUCUUCGCGUAAGCUGUGUUGCUGAAUCAUUAUAAGAUGAAAGACCUUGGCUUAUGCCAACGGUUUCUUGGUUUAAACAUCUUUCAAUAUCCUGAUGGUUCUAAAGCUAUUUCUGCCGCUGAUUAUACCAAAUCUAUUUUUGCUUCAUAUUCACUAGACCCUGACGCACACAAUCCGUUACAAAUCCCAUUAGUUGCUCAACAACAUUUAGAAGAUAUUCCUACUACUGCCACUACUACAGACAACCAUGAAUAUCGCUCCAUAGUGGGCAAACUCUAGUUUCUUGCUAACACUGUCCGUCUUGAUAUUAGUUUCGACGUAUCUAACUUGUCUCAAUUUCUAACAAAUUUGGAAAAAAAAAAAAUAAACAAGCCAACCACUUACCAUCUUCGUGCUGCUAAAAGACUACUCCGCUAUCUUAGUGGUAGUCUCGAUUUAAGUAUCCAAUUAAUCGCUCUCA